AUGCCUGAACAUUCGGAGUCAAUGGAGACGAUGAGAGCAGAGAAAAGCCAGCUGGAAGCAGAGGUUGCUGCAUUACGGGUGGCUAAAUUGGAGGCUGAACAACAAAGAGACCAGUACAAGGAAGCGAGGGAUGCGAAAAUCGCAGAAAACGCUGCCCUUGGGUUGGAGACACUGCAAGCGAUGGCAGAUGCCCAAGCAGCGAUGAAUUGCAAGAAGGAGGCCUUACACGCACUUGAGGAAUGUAAGGUCAUCUGUGCCAACCUGCAGUUCGAGCUGGAGCUGUUGCAACAGCAGAGGGAAAGGACACCAGAUCGAUGCAAGAGCAGCAACGAGAGGCUUGAGGCUGUUGUUGAAGAGGCUAAGAAUGAGGCCCAGGAGCACGAAAGGCGGGCAGCACAUUUCUACAACAUAUUGCAGCAGGAGAGGGAGGAGAAGGCUGAACUGUGCGACUUCAUUGCUGAUGAAGGGCUGAUUUCGUCAGGCGGAAAUCCACCCUUUGGGGGAUACAUCAGUGCAGAAAACGUGAAAGAGGGUCGGUGCAGCUGA